CCGCCUGUGCCAAUGGGCGCACUGGGAAGGCUGGGUUAACGGGUGGAGCCGGAGGACGCAGCCCAGUUGAUUCGCGGGUCCACAUCGCCUCCAACACAUCGCUUCCACCGCGCGGAUGAAGAAGAUUUGGUGAGAUUUACCGGAUCAUUCUCGUUUAUCCUGUGAGAUAUAUAUAAAUAUAUAUAUCCUUCUUGGUCCGGGGUCCUGGAUUUACCCAGAGGAGGAGCGGGGAGCCGAUCAUCCGUCGUUGUCUUGGUACCAGGGAGCACGUGACCCCGGAGAUGAACAAGCUUCGUCAGAGCCUGAGGAGGAAGAAGCCCACCUACGUGCCAGAGGCCAGCAGACCGCAUCAGUGGCAGGCGGACGAGGAGGCUGUACGGAAGGGCAAAUGUAACUUCCCCGUUCGGUACCUGGGGUUGGUUGAGGUGGAGGAGUCGAGAGGGAUGCACGUAUGCGAGGAGGCGGUGAAGAAGCUAAAAGUUAGCGGGAAAAAGACAGUCAAGGCAGUGUUGUGGGUUUCAGCAGAUGGACUCAGGGUGGUGGAUGACAAAACUAAGGACCUGAUUGUGGACCAGACCAUAGAGAAGGUUUCGUUCUGCGCCCCCGAUCGUAACUAUGACAAGGCCUUCUCUUACAUCUGCCGAGACGGCACCACCAGACGGUGGAUGUGCCACUGCUUUAUGGCUCUCAAAGACUCGGGGGAGAGGCUGAGCCACGCAGUCGGCUGUGCCUUUGCCGCCUGUCUGGAGAGGAAGCAGCGGCGGGAGAAGGAGUGCGGCGUGACGGCGUCCUUUGACGCCAGUCGCACCUCGUUCGUGCGCGAGGGCUCCUUCCGCUCCAACCCGACCUGCCAGCAGAGCUGCGGCAGCGAGAGAGACGACAAGCUGCAGGACAAGAAGAAAGGUAGAUUUCAAAGUGUGCGCACAUACUCAGAACAACCUUCUGCCAUCCCAGCCCUCCCACCCGGAACCGCCUCCCCGCCCGAGGGAUCAGCGUCCCCCAUGGAGCGGCCCGAGCCCGGCGGGCCUCACGCCAUCCCUCGCCGACACGCGCCCAUCGAGCAGCUGGUGCGUCAAGGCUCGUUCCGGGGAUUCCCGGCCCUCAGCCAGAAGAACUCUCCCUUCAAGAGGCAGCUGUCGCUCCGCCUCAACGACCUGCCAUCCACGCUGCAACGCAAGACCGACUACCAGGACAAGAACCCUGUACCAGAGAUGGACAUGGGGUUGCCUUGUGAGGGAGACUGUGGUAUCAACGCCCUGUGCAGCCAAAUCAACAACUCCUUCACUAACCCUUCGGAUGAGUUCUUCUCCAACCCUUCUUUGCCUGCAAAUGGCCCCCCAGCCUGCAUUGUGCCCCCUGCCCUGCCUCCACCACCUGGACCAAUGCAGGGCACUUCUUCCUGGGUGCAGCCGGAGCCUCCACUUCACUCUCCUCCUCCUGUUUCUGUGGCGAUGCAGAUGCAGAUGCAGAUGCAGAUGCAGAUGCAGAGUGGACACAGGCGCACACCCUCCGAGGCCGAGAGAUGGCUGGAGGAGGUCUCCAAGGCUGUCAAGGCUCAACAGACUCCUCCCCCGGGCCCCGCCAUCCCCAUCAUCCCUGGACCGCCCUCCGUGUCUAGUCAGCAGAUGUCCAGUCAGGCAGUCAUGUCAGCUGCCACAGUGUCUACUGGCCCUUUGCCCCUUGGCAGCAUGUCCAAACCUCUUCUAUCGGGCCCCUGUGCUCUUUCAAGUCAGGCGCCGAUGCCCCUCCCACCCAUGUCAAUAUCAUCGGUUCCUCUAAUACCAGGCCCCCCAGUCUCAGGCCCCCCUAUGUCUCUACCUUCCAUGUCCAUUCCCACCAUGUCCGGUCCGUGCAUGUCUGGGGCCUCCAUGAUGCAGCCCUCCCUCCCCGGGCCCCCAGGCUCCCUUCCAAACUCCAUGCAACCCUUCCCCAUGGCCUUUGAUACCAUGCCGGCUCCUGUGGGAAUGUUCGCCAGCCAGCCUGUCCAACCGGCAUUUGUGCAUAUGCAGACCUACAUGCCAGGCCUCGCCACCAGUAUGACAUAUCCCAACGCCAGCGUACCUGUGGUAGGCAUCACACCAUCGCAAAUGGUGGCUAACGUCUUUUGCACCGCCACUGGCUCAUCCGGUGCAGGUGGAGCCAUGAGCUCGGCCGUAGGAGGGGCAUUCGGAGCAGCCGGGCAGCACCAUUCUUACCCAGGAGUACCCAGUGCAGUCGGGCACCCCGGAGGGUUUUCCACACCGCCUUUCUCUCCCACUCCGCCGUUAUCGACAGCCCUUAAUGGCCUACCACCGCACAGCAGCGCCACGAUGGCCCUCCAGAAUGGGACCAGCAACAGUGGCGGGAACUGCGGCAGCAGUAGCAGCUGGCCGCCGGAGGGCAGCCAGCUAACAGCUCCGGCAGCUAGCGUUUCCCAAGACGAUGAUCGCUUUGAGGCCAAGUGGGCGGCGCUGGAGGCCAAACCGGCGCCUCAGCAGCCUGGGAAUAAGGCACCAGCUGCAGCAGCCAACCCGUUCUCCAACAAUCUUCAAAAGACUUUUGAGAUUGAGCUUUAAGCCAGAGUUGGCCUCCCAAAGCUGUAGCUCACGUGAAUACCUGAGAAAGGCGGGCCUAUAAGCAGGUCCUUAAAGCUAGCCUAGCAUCUGACCUGUGGCAACUUGCUACAAGCUCUCGUAGGAGUCGAUGUGAAAAUGAUCUUAAUUGCUUCCUUUACACUCCCAUGAGAGCUUUGGAGGAAGUUGCCAUUGGAGGAUCAGGUCUCUAGCUCACCAGACUUGAUGGAAUGAAUUCCUUCGACUCCACCCGCUGCCCACCUCUCUCUCUCCCCUGCUUUCACUUCUCCACUCUGGCUUUACUUUACUUGCUGCAAGACCCUGGAUGUACUGUAUGUGACCCCCCCAUGGACAUUAUGGGGGGGGGGGACGACACAACUCAGUGGUUUCUUUCUUUAAAAAGGGACUCCACUCAGAUGCAUUCCAAACCCAUGAGAUGUUUGUUUUCUUUUUUCUGGUGGAGAAUUUAGCGGAUACGGCUACAUCACGAGAGAAGCGAUCAGACGGAUUCUGAUCUUAGCCGAGCACAGCGAAAAGAUUGGACACCCGAAAGGACUAGCCAACGUUGUCAGACCCGAUUCUACCAACCCAAAAGGACUUACUGACUAAUAGUAGAGAUUUAUGGCCAAAUUAUUUUAUUUAUUGUACUUCAUUUUUAUUUUUUAACAAGUUAUAUAUACUUAAAAAUCAAAUUUUUAAAGCAGUGUCGUUUUUCAUCCCCCGUAUCUAUUUUAGUUGAACCGUGAAGAUGAGGGGAAACUACAGGUCGCACACAGGUAGAGGGAAAGCAUUGUGGGAAACUGAGUUAUGUAACAGGAACCAAAACAACCCCGGGCUGAUGGUCCAGCAGUGUGUAGUUCGACAUGUGAGACAGUAAGUGUAUAUAGCGGCAUGUUUCUUCCACCUGUUGGCCCUCACAUAUAUACGCUCCACUGCUGGUGAUGCCAGAUGAGUCAACAUGGCGUCACUCAAACAUCACUUCAGGAUAUCCAGCACACAGACACUCUGGGCAAUACAGCACAAGUCCAUCUUCUCCAGACGAACCCGAGGAACUCUAACAACUCAGUGGAAACACUGUACAACACUGUGGAACUAUAGUUGGAAAAAAACGAUGCACUACAUUCCGACUUUCAUAAUCUUUGAAUGUGUUAAAACACAGGGUAUAGUCUCAUCACGUACAGUAUGAUUGUGUAUUCACCUCUAUUGUACUACUGUAGUAGUACUGCACUCAUUACAGAUGAUGGGCUUGAUGAUUUGAGGUUAAAAAAAAAGAGAAGAGGAACAUGUGCAAACCGAGGCGUGGCAAAUGAGAGAGAAAUAAUGGAUAUAUUUCGGAUGCAUAUUUGAUUGAGAGACAAAUGGAGAAAGAAAACAGAGUAGCAGAAGAAUAGACUGCUAGAGGGAAACAAAACGAGGGAUAACCUGUAUGUGAGAGGCUGAAGGAGAGAAUGGAGUAAAUUUAAAUGCCUUUAAAGAAAAUGAGAUGGAGGAAGUUUGAAGGAAGGAAAAAGAGAAAAGAGUGAGGGCCAUAGUGUGUGAAAAUAUUGAGAACAAAGACACAUUCAUCACGUAGCCCACAACCAGAGCACUGUCUGCUGUUUUUCUAACAUCUUUUUUUGUCUCGAGGCCAAGCCACGCCCAUCUCAGCACCAUGUUCCUCAGCUCCUAAAACCUCACAAUCAACACUUUGCAUCCUAUUAAAAAUAUGUUUCCGAUUAUAUAUUUACAGUCCUCAUACAAUGUAGUCCAAACUUCAAUAAUACCAAUGGAGCUUUCUGCGUUUUCACUUUGAGUCGUAAAAGAAAAUGCAACAUUACGAAGCAGAGACGUUCUCUAUAGAGGGGCUUUCCUACGUGACGUGUAGCGAGCAGGUGGUUUUCUGUAUGUUAUAUAAAAACUGUAAACUGACCAGAGAUGCUCCUGUUAUGUUGCCCGGGAAUUGAAUUGUAUGGAUAUGGACUGCCACUUAUUAGGUUUCCUGCUCAUUAACUCCCUACAGUUUAGUUAGGUCUCUUCCUGUGGCGGAUAGGCUGCCUUCUCAGAGAACAUAAAAUAUUGUGCCACAGGCCUAAUUUAUACCAUCUCGGGUCCUCCAGGAGUUUUGUCCUUUGUUUUCGGACAAAUCAAUACUUCUUCCCCACGAAAAAACAAAUCCAAAUGUCUCUCUCUACCCUCCCCUCUGUACGAGACCAGACUGGUUCGCUCCUGAAAUCAAUGCUUUUAUUUCUUUGAAGAUAUAUUUUCGCCCUCGACUCUUGUUCGCCGGCCAUCCAAAUUAUAAAUGUAGGUUAAUUGUGUUCCGCGUUAAAGCAAACUAAAUGACCUCAUAAACUUGAUUGUAAAACCAUAGUUUAGUGAUGGUAACAAAGCAAACCAGUGGGAUUUAUUUUUAAUCUUUAUUUACAGAAUUUUUGUAUUUAAACCUACAUAUUUGUAUUGUAAUUACAUUGUACAAAAGAUAAAUAAAGUAAUAUAAUAUUACUCCUGUUCAGGUUUGUUAAGUGGUGGCUUUUUAGCUUUUCACAAACUGCUGUAGUUUUUAAAAAUCUUUUCCAUCAUUUAUUUUAUGACCUUUUCAUUCUCUCAAUUUAUCUCUUCAUCCUUUACACUUCACUUUCUUUUUAUUUCUGCUUCAUGGAUCUCAACUGCUCCCUCUUACUUUACUUUCUUCUUUCCAUCCAGUUUUUGAGUGACUUUAGAACAAACUUGUAAAACAUGUCAAAAGCUAAAAAGUGAAGCAUGUGUAUUUUAUUCAACUGGAUAGAAGAAUCUGAAUCUGAAUCAAAACUGUUUAUUGCCAAGUACAUUAAACAAACAAGGAAUUUGACUCAGUGAAUGGUGCAUAACAGGUUAAACUGAUUUCUGAAUGUAUUUAAAUCGCAGAGCAAGGCUUUAAAAGCUAAUUGGUAUAAAGCAAUAUAAUUGCAAAGUGGGAAAAGCUAAUUUGGGCACCCCUGGUUCCAAAAAUACAUGUCGAAUUAUUGUUUCUGGGCACUUCUACUGCUCGGAUGAACAUGAAUACAUCAGUACAAAACACUCCAUCCAGAAAUGGGAAUACAGAAUGGGGGAAAAUAGUGAAUAGUUUGACAUUUUGGGAUAUUUUCUAGCAUUCUUGCUGAGAGUUACAUGAGAUGAUUGACACCAGACAGAGGUAACGAUCGUCUCACCGGUGCCUCAGAAGGAAAGAACAUAAAAUCCCCCAAAACUAUUCCUUUAAAUGUGUUAUUGCUCUUUAGCUACAUUGUGGCGAUUUACCAAAGGUACAUACAAAGACAACGACAUCCAAAGGUACAUCUCCUUCUUUGGUCUGUACCUUAUUGUCUCUCUCCUCUAAGAGUUCCCCC